CUCCCAGAGACACUAGCCUUGAAUUUCCUUAUUUCUUAAUUUCCACACUUUACAAGACGCACAAAUGUCAUUUUUUUUUACAUUGGAGGCAGACAGCUGUGUUCUGGUGUCGCUUUACUGCAGCAAGACGCUUGAAACAUCUUUUUGUGUAGCAAGACAAAUAUAUAACGAUUGAUUUUUCUGGGAUGUGAGGAAUGGCAGCGUUGCUAACUAACUGGAAGCUAGUUUUCUGCCUUCAUCCCUGUGAAACCCUCACUAAAGCUAACUGUUUUGUUCGUAUCAAAUCACACCGCUAGCAUCAGAUGUGCUGCUAAAAUCGUGUCUUUUUUAGCUAGUUGUCAUCGGAGAAACUUCAGCGAUGGAGGAAGUUGACAGAAUUUUGAUUCACGCCCUCAACCAAAUCGGCACGGAGGUGAGUGAGGAGAUUGGCAGUGUCAGUCAGUUCAGCAGUGAGCUGAUAGUGAAGGCCGUGGUCAGAUGUGUCCAGGUGAUCGAUCCCGGCCUGGGCAGCGCACUGCCCAGCUCACUUCCUCCAGGCAUGUCUGCUCGUUUCAGAGUGGGCAUGAGUCUGGCACAAGCUUGUCAGGAUAUUGGGUAUAAAGGAGAGAUUGGCUACCAGACUUUUCUCUACAGUAACGAGCCAGAGAUUCGCUCCCUGCUUAUGUUCCUGGUGGAGAAGCUGCCCAGAGAGAGUGCUGAGACCUCAGACCAGCCAACAGGUAAAUCUGUGGUCCUCCAGAGAGCCAUCGCCGCUGCAAUCAAAGCCCAGCUGUCCGUGCCCUGGCUGCCUGUAAACUGCAGACUGCCAUUGCACACUGAAACACAGAGUGCAGGAGCAUUAUACAGCUUCCAUGCUCUGCCCCUCAGUCUGUCACACUCUUCUAAAGGGCCAAAUAAAAAGCAUCUGAAAGAGGUGAAGGAUUACCAACGGGACUUUCUUCUUCCUGUGACCGCACAACUUUCCCAUCAUGCCUCUCUGGCGGCGUCUAUACUGGAGCAGCACAGCACUGUACUGAGUGCUGCUCAGGAGUGGGACAGUGAGUGGAACAAUCAGGGACUCCUGUCUCGCCUCACCCCGCAGGAGUAUCGCUCCAGGAAACUGACCCGACUGCGGAAACGCAUCAAGGAGCAGCUGCGUUCUACUGCGCUUCCGUCUCCUGAAAGUGCCUUCGGUAGUUGCCAUUCAAGCACUGAUCUGUGUGAGCUACUGCAGUCCUUCAGUAACUCUGCCCCCUCUGACCACAUCCUGACCAAGGGCACCCACUUCACCCACACGCAGAAGUUCACAUUCGAGCAGGAGUCGGCAACGGUAACCAGCUCCGUCCCCACUGGGCAUCAGUCAGACGGUGACACCCAGCACCGCCAGCAGGAGGAGCUAGCGUCACUGCAGCAGCAGCUCCAGCAGCUGUGUGGUGAUGUUGACCAGCUCACAGCAGACAUGAAGCACAUGAGUGUCACUAACACACAGGUAUUAAAUGAGCUGAAGCAGAAAGAGCUAACGAACAAUGAAGAGGAGGACAAGAUUCAGAUGAAGAAGAAAACACUUGACUGUUUGCCCGACACUGAUAACAGCCUGGUGAAGCUUCAGGCUUUAGUGGAAGCCAGUGCUAAGCGGUUGGUGAACCUGGCCUCUCAGUGGGAGAAACACCGCGCUCCUCUUAUGGACGAACACAGGAGACUGAAAGAAAUCUGCAGCAACCAGGAUCUGGAGUCGUCCAGAAAGCUGUCUGAGAUCAAGUCGAUGCAUGAAAAAAUCCGUGUCUCCACAGAGGAGGCCAGGAAAAAAGAAGACAUGUACAAACAACUGGUGACGGAAUUAGAAAAUCUUUCCCAGGAUGUGUCUCGGUCUGCGUACACACAGAGGAUUCUGGAGAUUGUCAGCAACAUCAAGAAACAGAAGGAGGAAAUUACAAAGAUUUUGUCAGAUACUAAGGAUCUCCAGAAAGAAAUCAACAGCCUGACGGGAAAACUGGACAGGACCUUUGCUGUGACUGACGAACUGGUCUUCAAGGAUGCCAAAAAAGAUGAAGCUGUCCGCAAAGCCUACAAGUACCUGGCUGCCCUACACGAUAACUGUAAUCAGUUGAUCCAAACCAUCGAGGAGACGGGUACAAUACUGAGAGAGAUUCGAGAUCUGGAGGAGCAGAUUGAGACAGAAAAUGGAAACAAAACCAUAGCUAACCUGGAGAGGAUACUGGAGGACUACAAGGCCAUUCGACAGGAAAACGCUGCACUCGCUGCCAAAGUCAGAGAAGGCUGAAGGUUCGUCGCUCUGCUCCGCCCGCUUAUGCCGAGGUUGUUGUGAAAAGCUGGAGCUGUAGAUGCACCAGGAGGAGACUCGACCAGCGCUCCAGGUUUCACACUGAAUCUGAACUUUGUUUGCAUUUAAAUGCACAGACUGUACGGACGGAUGGAGAAGACACUUGGUUUAUUUGAUUUCAAACUGAUUUCUGUGGCUGAGCAUGCUCCAAGGAUUCAGGCUCCGGUCUGGUUGUUUUGUGACCAAGAUGAAACCUAACACUGGACAGCAGAGGGCGCUGUCGGACCUUUUCAGUGUGCAGUUCCUAUUGCUGUAUGCAAUGUUUUCAAAUCUUGAUUAAAAUGAGAUCUUUAAAUUGUAAUUUUUAAUACAUUAAUUAUUCCAGCAGACGGACAUUAUUAGUUUAUUUGUGUUACCAUUAUAUUGAUCUGAAUAUGUUAAGUGGUAUUUGAAUGUAGUUAAUAAUGUUGUCCAACCACAGGGGCAAAAUAUUGUCUUAUACCUGGCACCAGCUUAAUUAAAAAUGCCUUACAUACUUGAAUGUUCAUGAUGAGUAGGCCUGUCAUGUGGAAUUUUAAAAAUGGCAAACGUAUUAUUACCUAUUUCUAUAUUUCCGUAGACAAGGUUAGCAAAUUUGCCUCACGUCGAACAAUAAAACAUGAUCAUAGUGAAA